AUGAAGCCGGUGGGAGCUGUGCACAUCGUUCCUGCUGGGCAAGUUUGCAAACAGAUCUUCAAGGCUGAGGUUCAGUUGGUAAACGCUUUGGAGGAAGUAAGGAACAAAGCUAAGUCUGCCACAAGGAAUGGAAACCUCCCUUUGGAUGAAAAAUCAGCAGCUUCUACUGCUGCCAGGCUCCUGCCAGGUUACCAGCAGAAUGGUCAUGAUGGGACACCCUGCCACAAGCCCACAGAGAAGACACUGCUGUGCAGUUUAAGGGUUCUUGUGUGCGUGAUGUAUUCUGCAGCACAAGCUCCAAGCUCCAUCCUCCUCCUUUCUUUGGCAGGUCCUGAGGAGCCAUGGAGUGGUAUCCUGGAAGCCCUGGCAGAGUGCCAGCAGGGCCAGCUCAGUGAUGCCCUGGCCUCCAUGCACCAAGAGCUGGGCUGCAUCGCCAGGGAGAUGGAAGCCUUUGUUUUGGAGCCCCAGAAAUGCCUUCUGGCCAAACUGAGGAAAUCUGAUAGAGAAGUGGAAUUUCUGCUCCAGAAGAUCAAGCUUGACACCGCUCUGGGAGGCUUCUCCUUUAAAGAGCUGGAAGGUCUGUGGAACAGCAUCCAGCAGCAAUCCUUGAGCAGAAAGAAGUGGGUUAGGGAAAUGGAUGAGUCCCUAAAGAAGGCUGAAUGGAGUCGAGCUGAUAAGAUCACCAAGGUGCUGAGGAACUGCACUGCAAGGCUGGAGAUUUCCUACUUGCCACCUGAUGUCCACAGGUUGAUCAACCAGGAGGCCAUGUUGAUGAACAGAGCACUGCUGGCUAAUCAGAGGGCAAUUGCUCAGCUGGUCUUUAACCUGCUGCAAUCAGAGCUGAAGUGGAAAUUAUCCCAUCAGCUGGAGUGGCAGGACAGAGUCAAGGCCUGGAAGCUGACCCAAAAGAACUCCAUAGCUCAGAGGUUCAGAGAAUUCAUGGCAAAUGAAGACAUUCAGAAUCCCCCAAGGGUGAAAAGAGAAAUGGAAAAUAUGCUGGUGGAUCAGAUUUUACUCCAUGAAAGGAGACUGGAGGUCUUGCAGCACCUUUGUGAUUUGAUGCCUCCAACACACACCAAAGCUGAGUUGGAGGAGUGGUACAGAUCUCUGGUGAAUUUAAAUGAAAGGAUUGAUGCCCACCACGUGCAGUGCCUGAGGAAAAUGCACCUCCACUAUGAGAUGGUCCAGCAGAAGUGCCUGGCUGAGGUGGAACUCUGCAAGAGAAACCUGCUGAGGCAGAAUGUUUGCACAAACCAAGAGGCUGAAGAGUUUGUGAACUCUGAGUUACUUCAGCUGCCUAAGAACCUGCAGAGGCAGUUUGAAGAGAGACUGCAGCGUCUGAAGAGAGACUUUCAGGAGCUGGCUGAAGAGAACCAGCAGAACUGCAGAGACUUGUACAAGUACUGUGAGGAGGUCCUGGCUCUCUGGCACGUCCACCAAGCCCGACUGUGCCGGCAGAAAAGUGGACUCCAGAAGAAACUGAGUGAAUGCAGGCUGAGACACGACAGAUGGCUCCAGAUGGAGGAAGUCAACCUGGAUGUGCUCUUGGAUAAGAUGAGAACAGCCAGCUCUCAGGAGAAGCUGAAUCAGUAUCUGAAGGAGGCCCUUUCCUCUCUACGUGACCUUCAAGCUAGAUAUAUGACACUCAAGCAUGUUCUGCUGGAUGAAAUCAUGACUUACCCAGAAGCUGUUUUGCAGGAGCUGGUUUCUUACAGCACAUCCCUCAGCCAAUAUUUCCAUGUCAAGGAAAUCUUCAAACAGGGCCUGCAAGGAGACACAGACUCCACAUUUCCAGAUGCAGAACUACUUAAGGCUUCAGAAGCUGAACAGGUGGAGGAGCAGCAAGCUGGGAGCAGCAGGCAAGGAGAUGGAGGGGGAAAGAUGGAUGGUCAUCAAGGAGAAAACAGAGAGACAAACACAGCUCAGAAGGAGGAGACCUCUACACAGAAAGCUGAAGGAACACAGAAAGAAUGUGGGGAGAUCAUUCCUCAGGAGAGUGAAGAAACUGAGCCUGCAGGACAGGGGGCUGUGGUCAGCAGCAGCAAGGCAGCAAGCUCUGAAAUUGAGACCUUUGCCACUGCCAGUGGAAACUCUUACACAGUUCUUCGAGCUGGAGAGGCAGGGAAGGCUGACACCCCAGAGACUUAUUCUACCACCUAUGGGGAAGAAUCACUUCCUGAGCACCUGAAACAUGUAGUGAUCAAAGAAGCUGUGUUUGCAGAGCUGAAGAAAAGGAUUCGCCUCUCCUGGUUUGAACACUUGGAGCAGUGGUUUGCAGAGUCCUUGUCCAGCUGCCAUGCCUUUGUAGCUGCCAAGAAAGAGGAGGUGAAGUCAGACCUUCAGCCACAUCUUUGUGCAUAUCAGGAGACGAAGGUGAAGAGAGAGAUCUACAACGCCAGAGCUGAUGAGCUGCUGCUUCACAAGGAGCUUCUGGAGGGCCACUGUGCAGAGGUGAAGGAAGCUCUCAAAAAGGAGACAGAAGAAUUUCUCCUGUUCUGUAAUCAGCAGAAGAACUUCAGCAAACUCUUAGAGGCACGGAUGCAGGACAUCGAGUCUGUGUUCCGCAGCGCGCCCAUGGAGGAGAGGUUGGUUUCCUUCAGAGCCAGCGUGCACUCCGAGCUGCAGAUUCACCUGAAGGUCAUCAACGUCUCCAUCAGGAGCUACCGCAGCUACCUGGAGGAAGCUUUAGGCAACAUAAGGGAUUCAAAUGUGGAGUUUCUCAGAUCCUGCAGGCUGUUUUCAGAGGGAGGCACCUUUUCUCCUGAGGAGGUAGAGCAUUUCAGCAAGUGUCUUCAGGACCAAAGUAAGCACAUUGACACUUUUGAAAGCUUCACCAAGGCACAAAUGGAGCAAACGGAGUCAAGAUGCUUGGAGGAGGCUACUGAAAUGAUCAACCAGUGUGACCAGAAGUUCCAUUACAUCUUCAUGCACCGAGAGUUCAUGGAGAAGAUCCAGCGGUGCCUGGGGAACCUGCAGCUGCAAAUCCGGUCAGAGGUGGCAAAUUCCAACCGGCAGGCACUGGCAUUGAACUCUUACCUGGAGAAGCUCCACCAGAAGGCAGAUGCUUGUGCUCAUCCUGCUGCAGAUAAAGAAGCUUUGACCUCUGAAGAGUGGUAUGAAUUCAUCAAAGAAGUGUUGAAGGAACUGCAAAAGAGGAGCCAGUACCUUGACUGCUUGCUAGGAAAAGCCCCAACCCUGCAUAUUAGUGAAGACUUUGCCCUUCCUACGACAGACGCUAGAAAAGGCUCAAUUGCUCCUGCAGAGCACUUCGGGGAGGAGAACAAAAUGAUGCUGAUGGGGCUGGAUCCCGACAAAUACCCUGUGUUGAUCCCAAGCAGGAUGGGCAAGUCUGCCCUUGAUGAUUUAGCAAUAGGUGUCAUCCAGAAUUUACUGCAAAUUCAGCUAUCCAAAAAGCACUCAGGCCUGAGUCAGGUGAGAAAGCUUCGUUCACGUUCAGCCCCAAGCAGCAGGAAGCCAUCUAAGAUGCUGGUGUCAAAAGGAAGGAAAAAGAAACACUCCAAAGCAGUUGUCAGUGAGAGCAGAUUGCAGCUGUUUGGAGAGAAGCCUCCAGAAUCUGAUACUUUCAAGGGGAUUAUUAAGAAUAUUCUCUGGAAGGGUAAUAAGAGCCUGUUCUGCCUGGCUGAGGAGUUCUACCAGGAGCACAAGCCUCAAAUCUCAAUGCUGGAAGAUCUGCCAGAGACAUUUGAAGACUGUGCAGAAGUGCUGGAACAGAACCUGCUGUCGUACCAAAGUCAGACAGAGGAGUACCACAGGUCCUGCCUGAGAGAAUUCCAGGAUCAGCUGAAGCUGUUUGAGCAGGAGCUCUCUCAUGUCUCCAAGCUGGCAGUUGAGAGUCUUCUCAAAGAACAUCAGCAGAAGCUCAGCUCUUCCACUGCUCAGAUCCAGCAGCUCUUCAGCAAGCAGCUGGAAGAGUGGGAGAAUGCAAAGGCUGUGCACAAGAAUCAGUUGCAUCCCUCUUUGGGACACUCAGACAACUCACUGCAGCUGGAUGCUUUGUGCCAAGAGGAAAUGAGGAGGCAGAAGGCCCAAGCUGAUGGGAUUUGUCUCCACACACAGAAGCUGCAGGCCUCUGCUGCUGAGUGUGCACAGGAGUUUUUUGCUUCACUGGCUGCCUUCACUGAAAAGCUGCUGCUGGAAUUGGAUGCAACUGUCACCAGUGAUGAUGUACAAACAGCAAAGGGGGAAGUGCCAAGAGAGAAGACAUCCACUCUGCUGCGCAGGAAGCUGGCUGGGCUGCCCCUGGAGCUCUGUGAAGUGAAACAGUUCAUUGAACGUGGGAGUAGGGCUUGGCCAGGAAUCCCCAUGACUGCUCUUACAGACAAUCCAGCCCACAUUCUCUGCAGAGAAACUCCACCAGUUACCACAGCUAAGACUACACUGGGCCAUGCAGCAGCAGUAGCAGCCAGAGAUGCUGCCUAUGAGCAAUACAAGGGAGAAGUGGAGCAGCAGCUUGCCCGGAUCAAGGCGGAGAGCAGAGCUCAGCUGCUGAUGGCUCAGCGCUGGGAGGGCUGGUGGGCAAGGUCCAUCCAGAAGAUCAAGCAGCUCUAUGCAUGA